AUGGCUACCGACCCUACCGAUCCUCCUGCUCUCCGCUUCCUCGACGCUCUCCUCCCUGCGACAUUCCUCCUCUCCACGUUCGGCUCCCUCAUAACCUUCACGUCCACGGUCGGCAUCUUCGGCUCCGCGCACCGCUACUUUUCGGAAAUCCAGACCUUCAUCGCGCUGGCCUGGUUGUUCUUCACCCUGUCCCUCGCUCUGGCGACGCUCGUCUCCGUCGGAUUGGUCUUUCACCGUCGCCAUGUCCGUGAUGCUUUCGCGCGCGGGUACAAGCAUUGGAGAGGCGGGGCCGGGACCCGCACGGCUGGAGAGAGAAGUGUGGUGUUUGGCAUUGUCGUGCUGGGCCUGGGAGGCAUGUGGUUGAUGUUGCUGCAGUGUCUUGCUUUCGUGUUUUUGAGCUUGAGUGUCGCGGCGUACUGUUUGGCCGUCGGGUGGAUUGGUUUCGUGGUCAGCGCGGCCAUGAUGGUCAUCACGGUGGUGGUUUGGGUGUUGAUGGGGCAGAGGGAGUGA